AUGACCACAAACUCGAGCAGCGCUGGGCCUACCAGGCCGUCUCGGCUUCUAUGCAGAUAUAGCAAUACUCCGCCGUCACGGCAGCGACGAAAACGCAAGGCCGGAUCCGAUCAGUCCGAUGUCUUGUCUGAGACGCUGCUCGAGAGGUUGCGAGCUCAUGAGGCUGCCUUACUGAAUGCUGGAAUUCCAUUUCAGAGCUUCGAUGAAGGGCAUGAUGCAGCAGCAAAAGAUGAUGCCGGUACUUUCGAUAAUGGGGCCAUUCAAUCACUACCAAACACAUUCUAUCAGAGAGAUGACUCAUUUCAGGCAACAAAAAGGCAUCAAGAUUCACGGCCUAUAAGUUCAAGUCCUGGUCUUCCCAAUGCCGUGGAACGCCUCCAAACACAACCGAAAUUCCCAAUUCGCCAAGCAAUCGAAGGAGAACCGCAGCAAGAACAUCAACAGCCACAUCGUGGAGUUCUCCUGUCUGAAGAUGGUGGGAAAAGAUACUAUGAACAUGGGUUCAUUGGUAUCAUGGGUCAAGAAACUUCAAUGUUCCACAAUUCUGAUCGAUACUCGCUCUGGACCGUCAUGGGAUCAACAAUUCGCAUGGCUCAGUCACAAGGCCUUCAUCGUGACGGCGCAAGUCUGGAGCUAUCCCCGUUCAAAGUUGAGAUGAGACGCCGUCUGUGGUGGUACAUCGUCAGCCUCGAUCAACGGCUCUCAGAAUUGGUUGGUGCGGAGAGCUGUUUGCCCCAAUCCACAGAUACUAUGCUUCCCUGCAAUUGCAACGAUGCAGAUCUUGAACCCGAUAUGACAGGAGCGCCCACUGAACGAUCGGGCGCAACAGAAAUGACUUUCUGUCAAGCGAAGUAUGAAAUAGUGCGGUACUUGUACGAACGGGGAUCUAUCUCAAGUCUUGAUCGUAAAUCUGGCGAGGGUGAGGGGAAAGGCGAUGGUGGUACUGGUAGCAAUGAUAGCGGUAGCGGCAGUCUAAAGAGAAGUCUAACGGAUCUCAAGAGUUUUCUUGAAGAGAACUACCUUCGCUUUUGUGAUCCUGUCGUUCCCGUGCAGUUCCUGGCUACAAUGGUCACUCGAUCAACUAUCUGCAAAUUGAUGCAAAUGGCUUUACAUCGAAUAGCACGGCCGCCUGAUAUUCGUCCACCAGCAAAUACUGCAGCUCCAAUUGCAACGUCGGGACAACCACAACCAGCGACCCCUACAAACGAGCCAUUCCAGCUAGCAUCACGCAACCUAGAGUACGACAAUCUGAUCCACUCCAGCAGAUCUCUACGUGGUUUCCUCUGGUAUGUGCGCUUUUUCAUACCAUGGGGAGCCCCUGUAUACGUUCUAAAGACUUUGGCUGGGCGCGGCGACUGGGAUCAAGCCAUGCAAUCCGCAUGGUCACAAAUCGAAGAACUCUAUGAACAUCACUACGAAUACAUUGAAAGCGACACGGACAUACAUUUGCUUAUUGGAGAGCUAACUUUGCAAGCAUGGGCAGUACGUGAGAACUUUCUCAAAACCGUUGCAGAGUCUGGCAUGAAUGCUAAAUGGUCAUCGACACUGCCCCAAAUGGUUCCUGUUCUGCACCAGAAGCAUCGCCUUCGUCAACAACAGCAGCAGCAGCAACAACGUCAUCAACAUCAACAUCACAGCCAGCAGAGCUUGAAUAAGUAUUGUAACAUUCCCAACGAUGGCCCCUAUCUUGGUGACUUUAGCAAUCUUGAUCCUUUGUUGAGCUGUCUACCGGAUUUUAUUGAUCCACUGUUCGUGCCUGGAGAGUGGGCCAAUUGGACUAGCUAG